AACCGUGACGUAGAAGGCGGGCGAACCGCUUGACCCUGACGGGAAGAUCGGCUGCUGCGGUGCAAGGGGGUCCAGGAGUGACCUAGGGCUGUGGGAAGCGACCCGUGGCCUUGUGCUUCAGGGACGGAGGCUCCGGACUCGACGGGCGUCGCUCUGAGAAAAAGGACCAGUGAUGUCUAAGACUCAUGAUCAUCAAUUGGAAUCAAGUCUCAGCCCUGUGGAAGUGUUUACUAAGACAUCUGACUCCCUGGAGAUGCAUCAAGGCGUUUCAGAGGAAAGAAUUCACCUUGGCUCUAGCCCUAAAAAAGGGGAAAAUUAUGAUCUCAGCCACGAGGAAAGAUUUCACUUGGGGUCCCCUCAAGAACAAUUUGCCAGUUAUCAAGACAGGAGGCAAUCCUGGCGGCGAGCAAGUAUGAAAGAAACGAACCGGCGGAAGUCACUGCAUCCCAUUCACCAGGGCAUCACAGAGCUCAGCAGGUCUAUCAGUCUCGAUUUAGCAGAAAGCAAACGGCUUGGCUCUCUCCUGCUUUCCAGUUUCCAGUUCUCUGUUCAGAAACUUGAACCUUUCCUAAGAGACACUAAGGGCUUCAGCCUUGAAAGUUUCAGAGCCAAAGCAUCUUCUCUUUCUGAAGAAUUGAAACAUUUUGCAGACAGACUGGAAACUGACGGAACUCUACAAAAAUGUUUCGAAGAUUCAAAUGGAAAAGCAUCAGAUAUUUCUCUGGAAGCAUCUGUGGCUGAGAUGAAGGAGUACAUAACAAAGUUUUCUUUAGAACGUCAGACUUGGGAUAAGCUCUUGCAGCACUACCAGCAGGAGGCUGAAGAGAUAUUGUCCAGAGGAUCAACUGAGGCCAAAAUUACUGAGGUCAAAGUGGAACCUAUGACAUAUCUUGGGUCUUCUCAGAAUGAAGUUCUUAAUACAAAGCCUGACUACCAGAAAAUAUUACAGAACCAGAGCAAAGUCUUUGAUUGUAUGGAAUUGGUGGUGGAUGAGCUGCAAGGAUCAGUGAAACAGCUGCAGGCCUUUAUGGAUGAAAGUACUCAGUGCUUCCAGAAGGUGUCAGUACAGCUUGGGAAGAGAAGCAUGCAACAAUUAGAUUCCUCACCAGCUCGAAAACUGCUCAAGCUUCAGCUACAGAACCUACCUGCCACACAUGGAUCUGGAUCUUGUCAGUGACCUUAUGAGCUUUUCUGCCACAAGGUGCCCAAGAGGAGAGGAGUGGGAAGAGUGCCCCAGAACGUGGUGACUAUGUGAUUUCUGCUCUGUUGCCUUUGAAGAUAACUGGCAGGACUGACUGUAGAGCACUUUGACUUUUUUCAAAAAGUGACGGAAUGUAUGCAUCCAAAUGAACAUUGUAUAGAUGUUUUUCACAGGAAUGUGCAAAAUGCUUGAACGUUUACACUUGUUUUUUGAAAUGAUCUUCAGAUCCAGUGGCCCAUUCUUUUAUCCUUAUCCUGUGAAGAUGUUUUUCAGAUUUUGAAACAAUCUAAAAGUCAUUUAGGACAAAGUCUAAGGAAACAUUUUAGUGGCCAAGUUGGAUUCUGGUUGUAAAGGAAUGAUACUAAUUUUCUAGUAUGGCUCUGAAGGUGAUUUUAGGUAGAAGAGUUUUGAGGCUGGGUGCAAUGGCUCACAUCUGUAAUCCUAGCACUUUGGGAGGCUGAGGUGGGUGGAUUGCUUGAGCCCAGAAGUUCAAGACCGGUCUGGGAAAUAAGGUGAAACCCUAUCUCUACAAAAAUACAAAAAGCUGGGUGUAGUGACAUAUGCCUAUAGUGCCAGCUACUCAAAAGGCUGAGGUGGGAGGAUUACUUGAGCCCAGGAAGUUGAGGCUGCAGUGAGCCCUGAUUGCACCACUGCACUCCAGCUUGAGUGACAGAGUUAGACCUUGUCUUUUAUUUAUUUAUUUAUUUUGAGAUGGAGUUUUGCUAUUUUUAAUUAGGCUGGAGUGCAAUGGUGCAGUCUUGGCUCACUGCAACCUCCGCCUCCUGGGUUCAAGAGAUUCUCCUGCCCAGCCUCCCAAGUAGCUGGGAUUACAGGCACCUACCACCACGCCAGCUAAUUGAUCCUGUCUUAAAAAAAAAAAUUGUCGGGCGAGGUGGCUCACACCUGUAUCCCAGCACUUUGGGAGGCUGAGGCAGGCUGAUCACCUGAGGUCAGGAGUUUGAAACCAGACUGACCAACAUGGAGAAACCCCGUUUCUACUAAAAAUACAAAAAUUAGCUGGGCAUGGUGGCAGAUACCUGUAGUCCCAGCUACUUGGGAGGCUGACGCAGGAGAAUUGCUUGAACACAUGAGGUGGAGGUUGCAGUGAGCCGAGAUUGUAUCACUGCAUUUCAGCCUGGGUGACAGGGUGAGACUCCAUCUCAAAAAAAAAUUUUAAAUGGUUAAAAAAAAAAGAAAAUAAAAAAGUUACGAGCAUUAUUUGCAUCAUUGGAAUACAUAUAUCACUUCACAAGAUGUCCAAUUGGAAGGAAUAUAACUCAUUCUCUAUGUCCUGUUGUAUGUAGUGUGCUUCAGUUUUUAAUACUGAGUUGACCUAAAUCCUGGAUUCAUGACAAGAAAGGCCUAAGUACUACUAUUCAUUGUUCUAUUUGUUUAUAAUCUGUAUUGUAAAAUUCACAUAAUUAAAAGCUUUACCUUGU